AUGAAGCUAGCCCGUACGGCAGACCUUGCCGGUAUGGAAGCCAUGUUCGAGGCCGGGCAAGCGUCUCCCACUGACGUAGCUGCUCGAACAAACAGUGUCCAGCUGAUUGAGUACUUGUUGAGUAAAAGACUGAACGCAAGUACGACGGAUGAUGAGGGCGAAACACCUCUCCACCUUGCCAUAGCGCACUCGAGUGACUACAACGUCUCCAGACUGUUGAUCGACAAAGGUGCCGACAUCAACAGCUCCAGCAUCGACGGCGGCAGCCCACUGCACACCUUCUUCAACGAGACUGUCAGCAGAGUGAUUCUGUGCCAUGGUAAAUCCAUGGAAGCCAACACCAAAGAUAGUAGAGGUCGAACGCCCUUACACUACCUCGCGUGGUCCAGCAGGUCCACCGUGAAGGACAUCAACGCUUGUCCGGUCGAUGAAUCAUGCUUUGCCGCACAAGACGAAGAAGGCAGAACGCCCCUGCAUUUUGCCGCGCGACGUGGAAACGUAGAGCUUGCAAAAUACAUGAUCAACCUGCUACCAUCCCCGUCCAUCAACCAAACCGACCGCAAUGGCCAAACGGCAUUUCAUUGCGCCACGGAAAGCAAAAGAGUGGAGAUCAUAGAUGUCAUGAAAGAUGGCGGACUGGACGUCCGUGGCAGGGACCAUCGGCGGCGAAGUCCGCUCCAUCACGCGGCGCUCCACGGCAACCUGGACGCCGUCAGGAAAGUCGUCGCGCUUGCCGGGAGGCAGGAAUUGGAGCAGAGGGAUCUCGACGGACGGACCCCGUUCCAGCUCGCGGAGCGUUACGGCGGCGGGAGAGAGCCAGAGGCUACAUGA